AUUCAUCUCGAAGGAUUGAAGAGAGGGGGCGCGCGAGAGAGAGAGAUUCGAAGAGCGUUUUCCUUGAUUUCACUCGGCUGAUGGGGAAAAUGAGUAGAAGAAUAGUGAAGAGGUCUAGGGUGCAAUCCAGGACUGUAUGUGCACAUCCAGGUUUCAUGUGUGGAUUUGAGGCUGGGUGUUGAUGAGGUUGCUAGACUCCGCGAGAAGGACUUGAAGAACCUGAUGCAGUGCAAGAAACUUUGUUUGGUUCUUGAUUUGGAUCAUACACUGCUGAAUUCAACCAGGCUCUCUGACAUUUCACCCAGAGAAGAGUACCUACAUGCCGUUCCUGAUGCUUUGAAAGGCAGCUUAUUUAGGCUGGACAGGAUUCACAUGAUGUCAAAGUUGAGGCCGUAUGUGCACAAGUUUUUGAAAGAAGCCAGCGAGCUGUUCGAGAUGUAUAUAUACACAAUGGGUGAACGCCCUUAUGCGCUUGAAAUGGCAAAAUUGUUGGACCGAAAAGAUGUGUACUUCCAUUCAAAAGUGAUUGCACAAGGAGAUUCAACAGUGUGACAUCAAAAGGGCCUUGACAAUGUUUUAGGACAAGAAAGUUCUGUCUUGAUCCUUGACGAUACAGAAGAAGUAUGGGGAAAGCACAAGGAGAAUCUAAUAAAAGUGGAGAGAUACAUUUUUUUGCUUCAAGUGUUUGCCAAUUCCGCCUUGAUUGUGAAUCACUUUCACAACAUUGUGUUGAUGAAAGCGAAGAAGAAGGAGCACUUGUGGCCAUUCUCAAGGUUCUUAAGCGGAUCCACAGUAUAUUCUUUGACCAGAAACGGGGAGACGAUCUGCUAAAGACUGAUGUGAGAGAGGUGCUAAAAGGCGUGCGUGAGCAAGUGCUGAAAGGUUGCAAAGUCGUGUUCACCCAGGCAGAGGAGUACCGCCUUUGGAGAAUGGCGGAGCAACUUGGAGCCACAUGCUCAAUGGAAGUAGAUGAAUCGGUGACACACAUGGUCUCAACGGAUGCUGGGACUGAAGAGUCACGCUGGGCACGGCAAAACAACAAGUUCCUAGUCCAUCUAAACUGGGUCAAAGCUUCCAACUAUCAUUUUGAGAGGAAACCUGAGAAGGAUUUUCCUCUAUUAGCACCAUGAACGAUCUUUGGGGUUAGAUCACGUUGUCAAGCUGCGCAACUAAAAGCUGCUGGUAUUGGUUGGGUGGUUUGCACGAAAGCCGAGCUCCAUUAGUGUGAAAUGGCAACUAACUCUAGCGUGUUUUUCGACGGGAUCAACUCUAGCUAGCUAUAGCAUCUUUUUGAGAGGGCGAGACCGCGAGAAGACUGAAGUCGGCCAAUUGUAUAUUUUUUACCAUACAGGAAGGCCAAGCCACUGUCAAAAAUGGUCGAGUGUGAUCUGCUAAUGUGUGCCCAUUCAAAUGUAUAAAUUGAAUCACGGAUA